CCCGGCCCUGACCGUGUCUGUGCUUGCGUUUCAGGCCCAACGCCCCGGCUAUGGCAGCGGCCACCAUAGUCCACGACACGUCUGAGGCGGUGGAGCUGUGCCCCGCGUACGGCCUCUACCUGAAGCCCAUCACGAAGAUGACCAUCAGCGUGGCCCUCCCGCAGCUGAAGCAGCCGGGGAAGUCCAUCUCCAACUGGGAGGUGAUGGAGAGGCUGAAGGGCAUGGUGCACAACCACCAGUUCUCCACGCUGCGCAUCUCCAAGAGCACCAUGGACUUCAUCCGCUUCGAGGGCGAGGUGGAGAACAAGAGCCUGGUCAAAUCCUUCCUGGCCUGCCUGGACGGCAAGACCAUCAAGCUCAGCGGCUUCUCCGACAUCCUCAAGGUGCGGGCCGCCGAGUUCAAGAUCGACUUCCCCACGCGCCACGACUGGGACUCCUUCUUCCGCGACGCGAAGGACAUGAACGAGACGCUGCCGGGCGAGCGGCCGGACACCAUCCACCUGGAGGGCCUGCCCUGCAAGUGGUUCGCGCUGAAGGAGUCGGGCUCGGAGAAACCCAGCGAGGACGUCCUGGUCAAGGUGUUCGAGAAGUUCGGGGAGAUCCGGAACGUGGACAUCCCCAUGCUGGACCCGUACCGCGAGGAGAUGACGGGCCGCAACUUCCACACCUUCAGCUUUGGGGGGCACCUGAACUUCGAGGCGUACGUCCAGUACCGCGAGUACGUGGGCUUCAUCCAGGCCAUGAGCGCCCUCCGCGGCAUGAAACUCAUGUACAAGGGCGAGGACGGCAAGGCCGUGGCCUGCAACAUCAAGGUUUCUUUCGACUCGACCAAGCACCUGAGCGAUGCCUCGAUCAAGAAGCGGCAGCUGGAGAGGCAGAAGCUGCAGGAGCUGGAGCAGCAGCGGGAAGAGCAGAAGCGCCGGGAGAAGGAGGCGGAGGAGAGGCAGAGGGCCGAGGAGAGGAAGCAGAAGGAGCUGGAAGAGCUGGAGCGGGAGCGGAAACGAGAGGAGAAGCUGCGCAAGCGGGAGCAGAAGCAGCGGGACCGCGAGUUCCGCCGCAACCAGAAGAAGCUGGAGAAGCUGCAGGCGGAGGAGCAGAAGAAGCUGCAGGAGAAGAUCAAGCUGGAGGAGCGGAAGCUGCUGCUGGCGCAGCGCAACCUGCAGUCCAUCCGGCUGAUCGCCGAGCUGCUGAGCCGGGCCAAGGCCGUGAGGCUCCAGGAGCAGGAGCAGAAGGAGGAGACGCUGCGUCUGCAGCAGCUGGAGGAGAGGCGGCGGCUGCAGGAGGCCGAGCUGCGGCGGGUGGAGGAGGAGAAGGAGCGCGCCCUGGGGCUGCAGCGCAAGGAGAAGCAGCUGCGCCAGCGGCUGCUGAGCAUCCUGCUGAGCAAGAAGGGCGACGACCCCCAUGCGCACGAGGAGCUGGGGGUCUCCCACGCAGACCUGCUGCAGCCCGUGCUGGACAUCCUGCAGACGGUGUCGGCCGGCUGCGUGAGCGCCGCCUCGCUGCACCCCCUCACCGGCCCGCCGCCCCCCAGCGCCUCCAAGGAGAGCCCGCCCCACCCAGAGCCCGACGCCGCUCCCAGAAACCUGAAUGGGAGUGUGGCCGAGGAGGCCCCGGGCAAGGAAGGCCAGCCUGCCCGCCUCGCCGUCCCGGAUGACGGCUCACCCGACAAGAGGUGCCCCGGCGUCCUGUCGUGCAUCCCCGACAACACCCAGCAGCCCAAGGGCGCGCCCGCCGCGUGCGAGCAGAACGCACCCAGAAAGGACGUCCGCUCUGAGCAAGACAAGUGCAACCGUGAGCCCAGCAAGGGCCGUGGCCGGGCCAGCGGGGACCGGAGCGGCGAUGACAGGCACAAGCGGGAGAGGAGUCGGCCGCGGCGGGCCGGCAGCCACGAGGACGGCAGGCAGCCGCGCAAGGAGCGGCGGGCCCACAAGAAGCACGCGCACCCGGACGCCAGCCCCCACCGGCGCAGUGCCAGCCCGGACCACGGCCGGUCGAGGAGGUCCCACAGCAGGGAGCGGGGUGGCCGGAGGGAGAGGAGCCGAGACCACAGGGGCAGCUCCAGCAGGAAGCGCAGCCGCCACCGGCGCAGCGAGAGGUCGCGCUCGGGCUCCCCCAGCCGGCACCGCAGCACCUGGAACAGGUAAUGCAGGGCGCACCCCCUCGCCGCCGCCGCCGCCGCCGUCCUGGGGCGCUCAGCCCCCGGAGCGUCCUGGCUCCUGUCUGCUCGCCACCUCACGGAGCCAGCGUCCCCGGACCCGCCCUGCGGAGGAGGGCAGCGCGUCUCAAGACGCCUUUCAUGAUCGACUGGCGGCCCCGUGGCUGAAACCUGUCGUUCUCAGUCACUAGCUUUAGUUCCCUUUCAAACUGUCGCUCGGAUAGCUUUAACAUCACCAGUCCUCUCUAAAUCAGGAGAACCGCACAGCACGGCUGCUGCGAGCGUCACAGACCCGCCGCGCGCCCGCGGGCACAGCAGAGUUUCCCUGGGCGCUCAGGGACACCCCCGUGGAGGGACAGCGCGGGGCGCGUUUCCUGUCAUCGCGGACGGACGUCAAGUGUGGACAGCCACCGCCCCGCGAGCACCGGAAAGAAAAAGCCUUGCCCUGGGGUUUGUUUUUCCUUUUUCUUUUUUGUGAAUUUAUCUGGUUGUGAAAUGCGAUUUGGGCGAGAGACCCAAAGAACAAAGCGAGCGUGGCCCCUUAGAUCGCGGGCGCAGAAGGCGCAAGUGCUUUAAGAUCCAGAUGGCAGACGUGCCGUCUGCACCCCGGGGAGAGCCACAGGGCGGCGCGACGCUCCCGGACUUCAGAAACAGUCACUUUUUACAAAUUCAAGUCAAACAUAAAAUAAGUUGCUCAAAAGCUUUGGUUUCUAGUCCAGGUUAGCGUGUGUGAUUUUUUUAAGAAGCCGUUUUGCUAAAUUAUUUUUACUCGGAACGUUUCCAACCGAUUUCAGGCUGCAAACUUGUUACAUUUUAUAGUCGUUGGCUUCUCCGAGGGAAGCCCAGAAAUACUUGAGAAGAGCUGUACCGUUCAUGUUCAUUCGGAGAGGGGCUGUUUAUUCCAGUUUGCCUUUUUAUGGUGAAAUAAAAUCUUUUUUCCAAUGA